AGAUAUUGAAGAAGGAUAAAGAGCUCCUCAAAGGUUUGGAAGGUUGAAUGUGAUCAGCAUGAAGAGCUUAAAAGCAAAGUUCAGGAAGAGUGACACCAACGAGUGGAAUAAGAAUGAUGAUCGGCUGCUGCAGGCAGUGGAGAAUGGCGAUCCUGAGAAAGUGGCUUCAUUGCUGGGUAAAAAGGGAGCCAGUGCCACGAAACAAGAUAGUGAGGGCAAAACUGCUUUUCACCUGGCAGCCACAAAAGGGCAUGCAGAGUGCCUCAGGAUCAUGGUGACACAUGGUGCAGAUGUGACAGCCCAAGAUGGUGCAGGGCACAACGCUUUACAUCUUGCAGCAAAGAACAGCCACCCUGAUUGCAUUAAGAGGUUACUUCAGAGUAAAUGUCCAGCAGACAGCACUGACAAUUCCGGGAAAACAGCUUUACAUUAUGCAGCUGCAUGUGGUUGUCUUCAGGCAGUUCAGCUUCUGUGUGAACACAAGUGUCCAAUUAACAUCAAAGAUUUGGAUGGGAACAUACCUCUGCUGCUUGCAGUACAAAAUGGUCACAUGGAAGUCUGCAAAUACCUUCUAGAUCAUGGAGCAGACAUCAACACCAGGGAUAAAAAUGGAAG